AAACCUGCACCGGUAUACUAUUAUAAAUCUCCACCUCCACCAUCGCCAAAACCUGCACCUGUAUACUAUUACAAAUCACCACCACCACCAUCACCAAAACCUACACCUGUGUACUAUUAUAAGUCACCACCACCACCAUCACCUUCUCCCCCACCUCCUUACUACUACAAGUCUCCUCCACCACCAUCACCAAAACCCGCACCUGUAUACUAUUAUAAAUCACCACCACCAUCGUCACCAUCUCCUCCUCCACCAUACUAUUACAAGUCUCCACCACCACCAUCGCCAUCACCCCCACCACCUUAUUACUACAAGUCUCCUCCACCACCAUCACCAUCUCCCCCACCUCCAUACUACUACAAGUCUCCUCCACCUCCAUCGCCUUCUCCCCCUCCACCAUACUACUAUAAGUCACCACCACCACCAUCGCCAUCUCCUCCACCACCCUACUACUACAAAUCACCACCACCACCAUCGCCAUCUCCUCCACCACCCUACAUCUACAAGUCUCCUCCUCCACCAUCACCUUCACCACCUCCACCCUACUACUACAAGUCACCUCCUCCACCGUCACCUUCUCCACCGCCUCCCUACUACUACAAGUCACCACCACCACCAUCCCCAUCUCCUCCACCACCCUACUACUACAAGUCUCCUCCUCCACCAUCACCUUCACCACCCCCACCUUACUACUACAAGUCGCCUCCUCCACCGUCACCUUCUCCACCACCUCCUUACUACUAUCACUCUCCACCUCCACCCGUAAAGUCUCCUCCUCCUCCUUAUUACUACAGCUCACCUCCUCCACCAGUGAAAUCACCUCCUCCACCGGCGUACAUUUACGCUUCACCACCACCACCAGUCCACUACUAAGAGGUUUUAAGAGUGCAGUCAUUCUCCACAAUCAAUCAAAUUUUAGUUUGAAACACAAAAUAAAUGAUGGCUUCUUGAGGAAUAGAUUCAAACGUCAAUGGUACAAAGCAAUUAAUUUAUGGAAUAAGAUGUUCAAUCUUUUAAUUGAAGGAUUGAUUCUUCAUGACAUGGACAUAUUUGAUUCUACUUCUCUUUUGGUCUUCUUGCACAUUGUUUUCUUAGUGCGUUCACAUGAACGUAUCUAGACUUAGAUGCUUCUUAGAGCUUGUUUCUUUGUAACUUAUUAUUUGUAUUGAGGAUAUUGUCCUCU